CCCUCAAUCAAACAAUUCAAAAUAUUUAUAACGUGAAAUAGAACAUACUCAUUCUACACAACACACAUUUGUGAAUACGCAUUAAAUAUUUGAUUAGUAUAGGACACAGGACUCACAGAAUUCUGUGACAGGAUAUGUAUGCAUGUAUGGUCCUCAUGUUGGUUAAGUUGGUUGAGUUCAAUGAACAUCCGCGCGUCUAUCUCUCAUAAUGCUAAUUGCCCUAACAUAUUUUUUAAAAAUUUGUAUGCAAAUGCGAUACGUAGAUAAGCAUUCACAUCGAAAGAGUGAAAUUAUGUUAAGCAUCGUCAAAUUAUGCCACAAAAAUUGAUAAAUUCAAUGUUCGACGAACAGAAAAAUGCUAGACAGCUGAUCUAUCAGCGUGGAAGGGAAAGUUCUCCACAUUAUGUAUUUUUACAUUCAGAUGACGAAAGUAGCACAGAUGAGGAGAAUAUUUCUUUACAAAUUAUUAAAUCCGUAUCAUCACACCGUAAAAUUAAAGUGAUCAAUAUACAGAUAAAACCUGAAGAUACUUUGCAGGCACUGGCUCUCCGAUAUAGAUGUACAAUAUCUGAAUUGAAACGAAUUAAUAAAAUUGACAAAGAGAAUGAGAUAUAUGCAAAACCUUAUAUUAAGGUUCCUGUACAACCAUUUUCUAUUUUAACUGAAAACCAAGAUGAAAAUAUCGUUACAUCUACACAAAGCCAAGAAAAAUUACCUGCAAAAAAAGAACAAUUAAUAGAUAUUAUAUCGACUACAGAAUCUUCAAAAGCAGAAAUUAAUGCAAUUAUAUUAAAUUCGGUAUGUGAACCUUUAUCAUCCUAUAAUAAUGCCAAUUCUUCUGAAGUUCCAUACACAGAACAUGAUCGAUUACUUAAUGAUAUGGAAAGUACUGAAAUAGUAGAAUCUUAUGAAACAGAUAUAUAUAAAUGUUCUGGAGACAAUUGGGGGUUGUCUUGGAUGCAACUUCUUUUGUUUUCAUUACUGUUAAGUUUUGCAGGACCUAUUAUAUACAUACUUUAUAUAGCUGAAUAUUCAGCAAAAGCAAAUAUGACUAUCAGUAAUUGAUAUUUUGUUUAAAAAAAGUAUGUAUAAAUAUAAUAAG